GCGGCGCGCCGGCGCAUGCGCGGUGCGGGUCUCCUUGGCGCUGCAGGAGGGCGAGCUGCAGGCCUUCAAGGAGAGAGAUCGGGACGAGGAGAAGGAGCGGGGAUCGCCGCUGCCGCCGCCGCCGCCGCCGCCGCCAUGUUCCUGUGCGCUCCCCUGCGCGCCGCGGCCGCACGCUCGGUAAGGGAGGCCCUGCCCGCAGAGGUAAGACAGGUCCGAUACCUGCACAGAACAGCAGCACAAAAUGCCACUGGAGCAUUAUUUGUGCACAGAGAUAGUCCUGAAAAUAAUCCAGAUACUCCAUUUGAGUUCACACCUGAAAACCAAAAGCGAAUAGAAGCGAUCAUAAAAAACUACCCAGAGGGACACAAGUCUGCAGCUGUCAUGGCAGUACUGGAUUUGGCCCAAAGACAGCAUGGAUGGUUGCCCAUAUCAGCUAUGAACAAGGUUGCUGAAGUUUUGGAAAUGCCUCCCAUGAGAGUGUAUGAAGUAGCAACCUUCUAUACCAUGUACAAUCGCAAACCUGUUGGGAAAUACCAUAUUCAGGUCUGCACUACCACACCGUGCAUGCUGCGGGACUCUGACAGUAUUUUAGAAGCCAUUAAGAAGAAACUUGGUAUAAAGGUUGGGGAAACAACACCUGAUAAACUCUUCACGCUGAUAGAAGUGGAAUGUUUAGGUGCGUGUGUAAAUGCACCAAUGGUACAAAUAAAUGACAAUUACUAUGAAGAUUUGACACCCAAAGAUAUUGAAGACAUAAUUGAUGAGCUAAAGGCUGGAAAAGUUCCCAAGCCAGGCCCAAGGAGUGGACGUUUUUCUUGUGAGCCGGCUGGUGGCCUUACUUCUCUCACUGAACCACCCAAAGGACCAGGCUUUGGAGUUCGAGCUGACCUCUGAGCAUUUCUGUAAUAUAAGAUGAACUGUCUGAAAAUAAUAAAGUAUCUGUAAUCUAAGUAAA